AUGAGUUUUCAAUAUCAGUACAGUCAUGGUUCAAAAUUAACUAUAUUAUUAAUUACUACUAUACUACAAAUGGAUAUCACUACUGAUCAUGUGAAAGGUAAGACCCCAUCGUCUUCAACCAAUUCAAGUGUUAAUAAUAAUGAUGGUAGCAACCAGAAGAUGUAUAGAGGUGUGAGAAAGAGGAAGUGGGGAAAAUGGGUGUCUGAAAUCCGGCUACCGAAUAGCCGUGAAAGAAUCUGGUUAGGAUCAUAUGAUUCACCUCAUAAAGCUGCAAGAGCGUUCGAUGCCGCACUUUACUGUCUUCGUGGUCGUCAUGCAAGUUUUAACUUCCCUGAUUCACCUUUUCAUUUGGAAAACACUGCAGUUUCUAAUGAUCCGCAACAGAUUCGAGAUAUUGCUGCUAACUUUGCCAACAAAACUGUUAUUGAUGGUAAUAAUAAUAGUAAUACUAAUAAUAAUAAUAAUAAUAAUAAUAAUAAUAAUAAUAAUAAUAAUAAUAAUACUGAUCAAUCCAAAACUGUGACUGAAAUUAUUGGCUCUUCGUCUUCUACUACUACUAUGCAUGGUAAUGGUGGGAACUCGAUUGAUUGGACAUUUUUGGAUGUCUUGGACGGUUCAAGUAAUGAUACUAAUUUUGAUGGGUCUGAAAAUUAUGGUGGUUUCUAUUCUGAUCUAGAAAUGAUGAAUUCGGGUGAGUUAUUCAGUUUACCACAACAGCUACCACUAUUUGAGGACAAUAUUCAAAAGGAAAUAGUUAAAGGUGAAGGUGACGUUGAUGUUUAUGAUGAUCCUUUUUCUCAUCAACCAUUCCUUUGGAACUGGGACUUUUGA